GUCACGAGAUUUGAAGGCAGAGUGACUCAUUGACUCCUCCUUGACAGCGCUGCUGUUCAAUCUACUACGCAAGAACGCAACCAACGCAUCCAACCUUGCUAAGUUAUAGGUACAAGGUAGCACUUAUUGUUGUUUAUCUAACGAAAUAGUCAUCAAUCCAAAAGGAAAAGGUACAUUUGUCAAAAUAUUCCUCAAGCGGUCUUCCGAUUAAAAAAAAUAAUCACUUAUGACACAUCCGACUAGGGGAGAGAUAACUUUGGAGAGAUGAAAAUCCAGGAUUUCCAAGUGACCAAAUGCAGUUCGCACAUCCACGUGCCUUUCUCUUCUGCUUGGUCGGAAGACGGUUUUGUUGCCACAGCGACAGAAAUGGCAGUUUAUAUAACGGAAUUCAAACCCAAUCCUAUGAACAGGUCGCCAGCUCUUGAUAUGACGCGAAGUGUAAUUUUACCGAAACAAGAUAAUCCGACAAUGAACAGUGAUAUAGACAUCUUGAAACUGGCGAAAGUACUCGGAGAAAAUGAAUUAUAUACUCUUGUACAAGAUAUUACACUUAGCCCACAUAUCAAAGCGGAGGCAUUCAAGCCAACUGUCAAAUAUAUAUCUUGGUCUCCUGUACCGGAUCCUUCUGAGUUUAGAUCACUGCUAACUGUUCUUACUGACAGUGGUGCAUUGGAUUUUUACAUAAAAUUCCGUGAUGACUGGGUAAAUAUCAAGUCCAUUUCAACAGAUUGGGUGGCGUUUUGUAAGGAAACAUGGAAUAAUAUUUCUGUGUUUAAAACGUCUCAAGAAGCCAUGAGCACUUUAAAAGAAAGAACUUACAAAAUAAAAAUAACGGCAUUCUGUUGGGGAGGGAUUUACUGCAAAACCAAAAUGUUGUUUUUCUUCUCGACUAAAGACGGCACGCUCGUUGUAUGGGAAGUUGGAAUGACAAAUUCGAGACAAAUCAGUACUCAAUUUUUAAAAUCUUAUCAAACCAAUGCUGUAGAUAUAUCUUCGUUGACUUGUGUAAGAGUAAACGAAAGUAAAUAUUUUGUCUAUUACGCUUCUAUAGACGGGCGAAUUCAAGGAAUAGACGUCGAGCUGAGCCAGAAAGUCUUGUCUUCGGAUCUAGAAACUCUAAAUAACAUUACCGAUGAAGAUGUAACUUUCGGUUGUAAUUUUUUCAUUUGGAAUGAUGAAGACAAAAUACAAAUAAAUGCAGGUGGAAUGUUAACGACAAAGGAUAACGAUACAAAUUUUUUAAUUGUCGCUAAGGGUUCUCAUCUUCUAAUUUUCACACUGGAUUCGGAUGGUUCUUCUUCCACUGUUGACAUUACUACUACUGAAGAUGUAGCCAUUACAGGACUUAGCAUUUUAUCUAAUAAUGAGCUGUUGAUCACUACAAGAGGAGCAACCAUUACAUUGUUGACGUUCUAUUAUGAAAAUGAUUCAUUUACAAAGAGUUGCGAUUUUAUUGAAUGUCCACUUAAAAAUGAUCUUUAUGCUUGUUUUGGAAUUGCUUUGUCAAAAAAUAAAGUUAUCGGCUAUUUACCAUUCAGCGUGAAGGCUGCGUUUGACCACUUGCAAAUUCGAGAAGUCGCCAAUACAUUUUGGUGUGCAUUGCCUGAAUUGACAGAGAUCAAAUUUUUGAUCGAGACAAAGAGUAAACAACCGACGAGAGAAAUGUGGGACAUUUUGGAAGUAGCGAGGGUUUUACAUCAGAAGAAACUCGAACUAUUGCAAGUAAAUGAAGCGAUCAGUUAUGACACAAUGGAUAUAGAAGAGCUGCAGAAAAAAUUAUGGUGUGUCUAUGCGAUAUUAAACGAUUCAUCUUUUACAUCGAAAACAGAUAUUGCUGAGCAUAAGGAUUUAUUAGUAUUACUUAUCCAAAUUCGAAGCGCAAGCAAUUGGACCAUGAAACUGCUUGAGUCAUAUUGUUUCGGCGAAUUUGAAGUCAGUAGCCUAAACAGAAUUCGAGAAUGGUUGUCAAGUGAGAAUUUACCAUUGGAUGAGCAAUUUGUACACACAAAAGCAUCGUUAAACUAUCUACAGAAAAUGAUAGAAGAUAGCAAUAUACCCCAAAUAAAAGAAGCCUGCCAAAUAUGCGGAAGCAGCAUUAUCAAUAGUGAAAAGCUUAGUGCCAUAUGCUCUAAAGGACACUCUGUACCAAGAUGUUCAAUAAGUUUUGUCCAAUGCGCUGAUAUAAAACAUUAUGUCUGUAAAAUAUGUAAUCUCAUAGCACAUAAAAACACAGUGGAAAGAGAACAACAUUGCAGUGUUUGCGAUGGAUACUUCAAAAUCAAUGAACUUUUGUUGGAUGAUGAAGAAAUGGAUGAUUCUUAAUUGGAAUUUUUUGUUGAUCUGUAAUAAAUUUUAUUUUAAUUUUUAA